AUGGCAGAAAGCAUAUUUUCCAUUGUAAGCAAACAGUAUAUCAAUGUCGGUAAACAGCAUGUCAAUGCCAGAAAGCAAACAUUUAAUGUCAGCCAACAAGAUGUCAAUGACGGAAAGCAUUCAGUCAAUGUCAGCAAACACGAUGUCAAUGACGGAAAGCAAACAGUAAAUGUCAGCAAACACGGUGUCAUUGUCAGCAAACACGGUGUCAUUGUCAGCAAACACGAUGCCAAUGUCAGCAAACACGGUGUCAUUGUCAGCAAACACGAUGCCAAUGUCAGCAAACACGAUGCCAAUGUCAGCAAACACGGUGUCAUUGUCAGCAAACACGAUGCCAAUGUCAGCAAACACGAUGCCAAUGUCAGCAAACACGAUGCCAAUGUCAGUAAACACGAUGUCAAUGUGAGCAAACACGAUGUCAAUGUCAGCCCGCAAGAAGUCAAUAUCAGCAGAUGGUAUGUGUCAGCAAGCAAACUGCCAGUGUCAGCCAAAACUUUCACUGUCAGCAAGCAAACUGCCAGUAAAGGAAGUGGUGUCGAUGUCAGUAAGGAAGAUGUCAAUGCCAGCAAGGAAGAUGUCGAUGUCAGCAAAAAAGAUGUCGAUGUCUUCAAAGAAGAUGUCGAUGUCAGGAACAAAUAUGUCGAUGCCAGCAAGGAAGAUGUCGAUAUCAGCAAAGAAGAUGUCGAUGCCAGCAAGGAAAAUGUCGAUGUCAGCAAGGAAGUGUCGAUGUCAACAAAGAAGAUGCCGUUAUCAGCAAGGAAGAUGUCGAUGUUAGCAAGGAAGUGUCGAUGUCAGCAAAAGAAAGUCGAUGUCAGCAAAGAAGAUGUCGAUGUCAGCAAAGAAGAUGUCGAUGUCAGCAAAGAAGAUGUCGAUGUCAGCAAAGAAGAUGCCGUUGUCAGCAAGGAAGAUGUCGAUAUCAGCAAAGAUGUCGAUAUCAGCAAAGAAGAUGUCAAUGUCAGCAAAAAAGAUGUCGAUGUCAGCAAAGAAGAUGCCGUUGUCAGCAAAGAAGAUGUCGAUGUCAGCAAAGAAGAUGCCGAUGUCAGCAAAGAAGUGUCAAUCAAGGAAGAUGUCGAUAUCAGCAAAGAAGAUGCCGUUGUCAGCAAGGAAGAUGUCGAUGUCAGCAAAGAAGAUGCCGAUGUCAGCAAGGAAGAUGUCGAUAUCAGCAAAGAUGUCGAUAUCAGCAAAGAAGAUGUCAAUGUCAGCAAGGAAGAUGUCGAUUUCAGCAAAGAAGAUGCCGUUGUCAGCAAAAAAGAUGUCGAUGUCAGCAAAGAAGAUGCCGAUGUCAGCAAGGAAGAUGUCGAUAUCAGCAAAGAUGUCGAUAUCAGCAAAGAAGAUGUCAAUGUCAGCAAAAAAGAUGUCGAUGUCAGCAAAGAAGAUGCCGUUGUCAGCAAAGAAGAUGUCGAUGUCAGCAAAGAAGAUGCCGAUGUCAGCAAGGAAGAUGUCGAUAUCAGCAAAGAUGUCGAUAUCAGCAAAGAAGAUGUCAAUGUCAGCAAAGAAGAUGUCGAUUUCAGCAAGGAAGAUGUCGAUGUCAGCAAAGAAGAUGUCUAUGUCAGCAAGAAAGAUGUCGAUGUCAGCCAGGAAGAUGUCGAUGUUAGCAAGGAAGAUGUCGAUGUCAGCAAGGAAGAUGUCGAUGUCAGCCAGGAAGAUGUCGCUGUCAUGCUAUGGUCACAAAUGCUUUAA